AUGGGAUUGGUCGUUCUCAACCAGCCGCAGUUGAACCAUACUGAUAGCUCCUACACCAUGCUUGGAGGCGCCGUCCCUCCUUCGGAAUCUGUCUAUCGACCAUCAUCGCGUCAAUCUACCCAAUCGUCCUCACAUCUCGACGCCGGAAACUCCAUAUCCACCUCGUCCAACACUACCCCCACCUUCGCUGCCCCGCCAUCGGUAUCGGCCGCAGGUUCAGCCCAUUUUCCCUCCCAUGAUGUUCCGGCGUAUAUCAACCGGUCCUCUCACAGCGGCUCACAGUCGUCUUCAGAGUCGUCGACAAUUACGCCUGGACCGACACCUGUACAGCAUCAAACCGUGUCGAUGAAUACGACAACAUCUGGCCACCCGCUGCGCCGUGAACAAAGCCCUCAGACUGCUGCGUAUUCCUCCCAUCCGUCCGGCUAUGGCGGCCAGUCAGGUAAUAUGGCUACAACAUCUGGGCGAAGGCAUACGGGAAGCCAUUCAUCUCCAGCCUCCCCACAGCUGAGGCCAACGCUCCAGUCCCUUCGGUCGCUAGGUGGUUCAGAGGCGAGCUCUCCUAGCCGCAUCAAGAUCCGUGAUCUUUCCCAUAUCCAAAGUUUUGCCAGCGAAGAAUUUCUAGCCCAGUCGCAAAGGAACAGCAAUGUACCAGGGUUGUGGGCUCAGGAUCGCCAGUUCGAAAUUAGUUCCAUGCCGGUCACGGACAUUAUCGAAAUGGUUGCCGGGCUUCUGACCAAAAUCACUACCACCAACGAUUCGCAUCAUGAGCAGGUCCAUCGACAUAUUCCCCCUCCGGAAGGGGCCAGCAAUCUUACUCCACAAGCGUCAAGUGUGCUGGCAUUCCACGGCAAGAACGUCCCGAGUAUAAGCAUCAUGAGCUACUUGACUCGAAUCCACAAAUAUUGCCCUACGACCUAUGAGGUCUUUCUCAGCCUACUAGUUUAUUUUGACCGCAUGACUGAAAUGGUGAACAAGGGCCAAUUAGACCGCCUACGCCGUCGCUGGAAUCGUACAGACACCCUGCAAACGGAACCGACAAGGCCCAGGUCCUCUGAAACCUCCACAGCACAAAGGAUGCAUACUUCGCCCAUGGUGACUCCGCCGUCAUCUGCCGGUAUCGUUGCGCAAGAUCCGUCGUCGCCGUCGCCCAUCUCACCAACCGUGAAUCCGCAGCAAGAUGAGGACCAGCUCUCGCACUUUUUUGUUGUUGACAGUUUCAACAUCCAUCGACUAGUCAUUGCUGGAGUGACCUGCGCCAGUAAAUUCUUUUCCGACGUCUUUUACACCAACUCGAGAUACGCAAAGGUCGGCGGCCUUCCCCUCGUGGAAUUAAACCAUUUAGAACUCCAGUUCCUUCUAUUGAACGACUUUCGCCUUUCGAUCCCCGUCGAGGAAUUAGAAGCAUAUGGAACCAUGCUCGUGGAGUUUUACGCCCGUGAAAUUAUAGCUCAGCAACAGCAACCGCCCCAAUCAGGGCUGCCUCGGCCGAUUCCAGCUCCCACGAGCCGGGAACCCGAGUCGGACGGGAUGUACAUGCGCUCCCGCGAGAAGCGCCACCCUGACCAUGCAGAAGUCCGUCAGACCCCCACGCCGCCUUAG